AUGAAUACAAAAGACGGAAAAGUAAGACCGAGGUCACCAACAUUUAGGCGAAGCCGGCCUGUCCCCAAAGUAUUCGAUUUUGAACAACAUGAAAACGCGAAUAAGAUUAUUCCAAGCGUUGAACUCCAAACAGUGCAAGAAGAAACGAAAACAGACAUUGUUGAAGAAACCCAAGAGCCUUGCGAAGCUGUAGAUACAACUGAGGCAGCCGAUGCUUUCAAGUCCGAGUUUGAGAGAUUCGUAGAAAUUUCCAAAUAUUUUUCAAGUCCCCUACGUAAAAGUGCCUCAUAUAUUUGUGAGAAUCGCCUUGUAUCCUAUCCUAAUCCACUAACAGUCAAUUUCAAGCGCGGAGGAGUCACAACACAUCACGUAAAAUUCUCUAACCUUACUUUAGAACCAGUAUAUAUCAAGCUUUACAAGUUGAUACCAGAUUUAGAACAAGUUAAAUACAUAAACCUGACUUUGUCUCGAUGCAAAAGGAUUCCACCCGGUUUGUCCUUCAAUUUAGGAUUUGUUUACGAUGACGUUAAUGAAAAGCCAUCUUGCAAUGCAAAAAUGAUCUUUGUGGCGUCCAGAAAAACUACUACACCAUGUUAUCAAAUUUGCGAAAUUGAACUUGAAAUUGAAGCACAGAAAAUAAGACUUGUUACUAUUUAA